AUGCCCGGGGCAGAUGUCAUGGAUGACAACUUCGACGUCAUGCAGCUGGAGCACGACGACGACGAUCCAGAGCGCGUGGAAGAGCAGGAGGAGAACGAGCGGAAAUUGGAAGCCAGGUAUUCAAAGCUGAAGUCGGAGCGAGGCCUGAAUGACGAGGAGACCCUCAACACCUUCUUCGCCCUUUUCGACAACUGCAUCCAGCUCUAUAGGCUGAAUAAGCUGUCGGACUAUUUGGAGGAGGUCGUGCCCGUUUGCCGAAAGCGGGGGGACAAAUUCUACAUGAAAGGCAUUCAGGCCCUGGCCUUUGUCCGAUGGAAGCAGUCGCGGUUUCGCGAAGCUCUGCCUCUCUUCCACGAGAUGGAGAACCACUUGGGAAAGAGCGCUGCGCUCUGUGAGAACAUCGCGCACACAUACAACUCCCUGGGGGAGUUUGAGAAGGCCGAGGACUACCUGCGCCAGGCGUUGAAGUUCAUCGAGCAGGAAGCAGGGCUCAACAAGGGGAACCGGGGAGGAGUCCUUCUCGGCCUGGGAAUCGUGCGGGACCGCUUAGGCAAGCAAAAGGAAGCGCUGCCGGUGUGUCGGAAGGCCUACGAGUUCUACAAGGAGCGGGCCAAUGGCGCCCCCGCCUCCCUGCAGGCCAAGGCCGGCAUCUCCUGUGCCAAGAUCCAUGCGAAGCUGGGUCAGCUCAAGGAGGCAGAGGCCUACAUCCGAGAGGCUGUGGACAUGUACGAGGUCACAUGUGGCGAGACAUCGCCGCUGACUGCCAGCGCUUACCACGAGCUGGGCAAGGCUUACGCCGAUCCAGGGUCCGUUGGUGCUGUGGGCACAGAGAAGGAGAGAGACGAAGCCGAAGAUCUUGCUGCCUACUGGGAGUAUGUCAACGAAGGGGGCAUGAACAUGAUUCUGCGUUACAAGGGCGAGAACAAGGAUCUGCAAGGCCUGGUGCUGCGAUUGCGUAAGGGCGCCGGAGCGAGCAGACAGCUGACAUCGGACUUCCACUUUCAGCGGGCGGUGCUCCAGCCUAUCCUGGAGGGCUACGUGGCCUUCGGCUCACUGGUGGAAGUGUCAGCCGCAGCUCUCGAACGCUUGAACGUGGAUCCGGAGGUUCAGCAAAAGCGCCGCCCGGAGAGGCUGUCUGCCAAGUGCCGGGAUUUGGAUGCAAGACCUCACUCAGGAGGAAGCUUCGUGCAUGGCAUGCUGUGCCCGGACCUGACGUUCUGCCCGCAAGGGCGCACGUAUGAGCUGAAGCCAAAGCUAGGGGUGGCCGACUGCCCUCUGCUUGGGUGCUCGGGCCUGUCGCGCUUCACGCUCCUCCAGUGCAUCGACUAUCCGAAGAAGAAGGGCUCCAUCUCGAGGUACAGCCCCGUGGCCCUGUUUCGGGCCAUCCUGGCUGGAGAUGGGGCUGCGCUUUCGGAGCAGCUGGUGCACCUCCGGAGGGCCAGCGCAGACCCGCGGCAGAACAACUUCCGGGUCUUUGGCAGCAGCGCAUGCGACACCGCAGACUCGGAUUUGGACGACCUGAAGGAGGUUCUGCUGCACGCCAGGGGCGCCUUCGCGAAGAUCCGGGCCCUGGGGCUUCUUGCCUCGGGCGCGGCCGUGGAGGAAGCAGCCCAGGAGCUCUAUGUGGACGCUGGCUGCCCGAAGCAAAUCGACCCGGAGGUCUUCCACAAAGCCUGCUCUGAGUGUGGCUUCUCAUUGCUCCAGCGCCUGGAGGGGGAGGACGACGAGGCGGGCGUUGAGCUGGUUCGGCAGGCCUACGAGGACCUCCGUGCUGAUUGGGGCCUGGCGCUGUUCCUGCUGGGCCGGUCCAUGCAAGACGCAUCGCUGAUUGUGAACGUGCGUAGAGUCCAGCCUGGGGAGCGCGUGGAGUCGUUUCACUUGCUGCGGUACCAGGAGGUAGGUGCGGCGCGGCAGCUGAUGGGGCGCGUGACCAUCAUCGACACCGACAUAAAGCCUGCAGAUCGUGUGCCGCAGUACGCGAGGACGCUGCAGGAGUACUGCAGCCACCAGCAUGUGGAGCACCUGCGAGCAUUCCUGCAGUCUGGUCAGACCCUGGACGAGAGCUUGUCCAGCGUGCAGUCUCUUGUAGACCAGUCCCCCAGUCUCGGAGACUCAGUCCACGCAGACCGGAUUGCAACAACAGGGGAUGCAGCUGCGUUGAACCGCGCGUACGAGCUGGAAGCCAUGAAGGAUGCCUGGGACCUUGUGACCCUUCUGGAGAUCCACAACCUCUUGAUGGACACGCACCUGAAAGAGACGACGAACAUCGAGCGCACAAAGUUUGCCAAUUACUUUAAGACGGUGGACUACUUGGUGAAGAGGGUGCGCAAGGACCUUCCACAGGACGGCAACGCAGCGGUCUAUUACAAGGCUGCGGCGGAGCUGAAGUCCUGGGGUGGGCGGUACCAGGAGGCGAAGGGACAAGCCAGAUGUGAAUGGUCCAGGGACCUCUUUGAUGAGGCCAUCCCGCUUUUGAAGAAAGAGACGAGCACGGACUGCACCUCCCUGCUGGAGACCUGCGAGGCCAUGAAGGCCUUCUGCGAGCGCAACCUCCAAGGCACCCAGGACAGCCCUAUGAACUUUGCGCUUCCCGAAGCGGGCGCCAGCAGUUCUUCAGGCUCUGCGAGUGCCGCCGCUCCAUAUCAGGGCCCGAUCAUUGAAGAGAUUAUCGACGAGGAGGAGCCGCCAUCCAAGGCUGCACCGGCUGCGGCUGCGCCGGCCGCGCCGGCCGCGCCGGCCGUGUCUGCGUCGUCCUCGUCUUCCCAGCCCAUGCCCGCGGCGAGUAAAGCUGAUGAAGGCUACCCGCCUGCUCAGGGCGAGAAGCUGAGGCCACUCACCGCUGCAGAUACGAACCAGGCCGAGGCCCUGUGCGCCUUGGUCGGGUCCGAGCUGAUCUUUGGCUCCGAGGAGGAGGUGCAGACCCACCUCGAUGGUCCCGGGCGGGGCCUCUGUUGGGUGGCGCAGAGCGGCGGCCGUGCUGUGGGCGUGCUUCUCUGCGGCUCGGAUGGCGUCUUCGGGCACGUCCUGCAGCUGGCAGUAGAGCCUGGCGACAACCAGCGCAGCAUCCGAAAGGAGCUCGUCGCGCGCGGGCACAAGGCCUGCAGCGAGAAUCGACUACAGGGUCUCAGAGUGGCAAUCGAAACCGCAGACGACGGCAUCUUCGAAGAGCUAGGCUGGCGGCCGGUAGUAAAUGUUUGGAGCAGCCCAGAAGAAGACCGGCCCCGGAAGAAGGGCCGGACGGCGCUGAAUGGCUCAGGUGCAGCCAGUUCUGCGGCGGGGCCGCGGACUGAUCCCAGACUUCGGCGUGAUGACAAGGAUGUGAACACCUACUACCAAGCCUGGGAUCAGGUCAACGUGGAUAGGGCGCUGGUCGUCGAGGAUGGAGUGGACCCCAAUGUGGUGCCCGAGAACAACCGACCACUAGCAGAUUUCGGUGAUCUUGACCGACAACUGGAUAUGUCCUCGAAGAUCUCCAGAUUCUCCUGGGAUCAGAACGACAGGACGGUCAGCAUCUACGUGCCCUUCGAUGGCGCCGGGAAGCUUCCGGAGGAGGACGUUCAAGUUCAUUUCAGGGAAAUUGGCGUGCUGCUCAUCCUGAACCAAGGAGGCAAGCGCCACUGGUACAAGGUGCCCAACCUUUGUCAGCCAAUCGAUGUCGAGGGGUCGAAGCGAACGGUCAAAGCAGACCAGGUGGUGGUCAAGCUCCGAAAAGCACGCCUCGGAAGCUGGACUGACCUGACCGAUGAGAAAGACAGGUACCAGCGGAAGCGAGAAUAUCGUAUCCAGCACGGAGACCUCAAGGGAGCAAGCACGGAGGAGCUCCUGGCCGACAUGUACAAAAAUGCGAGCGACGAAGAUCGCGCCGGUCUUCGAGAUGCCAUGCGCGUGAACCGCGAGAAGAGGGAGGAGGAUGCGCGAAAGGCCGUGGGAAAGUGA